AGCACCAGUAAAUUGAAUUCACAUUAUACCGGAUCAUACAGAAUGUUGAAGUAAUUACUUCAAGAAGAUUCCACACCUUUCCUUUUGUAUAUCCGUGACCUGGAAACCGCCGUUACGAAGAGAAUAGAACUUAGUGGAAAAAAAAGUUCAAAAUAAUGACAAGUCCAUAUUAUUGUGCCCUUGAAUGCGAAUUUUGUUUUGGAUUACAAGGUCUAGAAACAAAAGAGCUAUAAAUAGAUUUCUAUUGCUGUUUCUUGUAGCUUUCAGCUAGAGCUACACACCGAGGUUACUUUUUUGUAAUGUCCUUUGCUAUAGAUAACACUGUAACAUGAGGAUCAGAAUCGGCAUACACUGUAUCUGUACUUAUACUGUUUCGACCGUUCGCAGAUAGACGCGAUUUCGAAGAAACGCGCCAACGGGAGUCGUAAAUUCCCGUUACGAUUUGAAUAAUCGACCCCUUAUUUUCUUUUUUUUUUUUUUUUUUUUUUUUUGGAAUAAUAAGGGUGGUCGAGUGAAUAUAACGCUGAUAUUAACAGGUUAAUAUAUACUCCCAAAGAUCCAACAACUUCAAUGUGAUACAAGGUUACGUAUAUGGAAUGACAAACUACGAAUGAGUACGACCUGAGACUCGCUUCGUUUUGGCGAUUGCGAUGAUGUAUCUUCUGUCGAUUGACUGUCUCCGACUUGGAGAUUCUGAUGACUUGACUUCUGGCUCCUGCUGUUCCUCGAACUAUGUUUUAACUCGAGUUGUUGUUAACUUACUGUUCGCUCUUAUGUUAUUACGGAGAAAAGCUCGGUACGAGUGUACCCUUUGAACGAAGAACGAACGAAGUUUACAUUUUCUGUCAAGAAAGUGGAGGUAACGAUCGCGAUGCCAAUUGGUUAUGACCCACGUUAAUGAAUGAAGAGAUGAGGAGGAAGCCUCCUACCAACGUAGCUCGUGGGUGAAAUGCGAAAUGCGAAAAUGUGCUUAGUACCUUGAGUCCAUGAUAAAACGAUAGCAAAGUAUCAGGAUAAACUGAAAGCUGCUUCCUUCUGGGAGAAUAAUCAUGACUCUCGUAUCAUUACCCCUAUCGAAUGCGGCAAUUAAUCGACGUAGAAGCAGCCCGGAAAGCUGCCAGGAGAACUUCUAAAAAUUUGAAGAUAAAUCACCGAAGAAAGUGGUUGCUUACUGUUAUAAUCCGAAUUAUUUUGAAAUGAAAUGUCAACACGCGCCUACAUUUCGAAAAUGAAAGAUCAACUUCAGGAUUUGAAGUUUUCAAAAAUAGGAUUGCUCCACCGUCUUGUAGCAAUGUAUCAACGAUUCUCGUGCUAUGAAAUGCCAAUAAACAGGCGAUGGGUCAGAACACGCGUUUGAAAUUUGAUUUCUCGAGUGUUUUGUAUCCGAUAUAGAAAGUUACAAGAAAAAAAUAUACACAAUCGAACAUAGAUAUCUUCCUUCCUUUCGGAAAUCGAUAUAACAAAUAAUAUCGAAUUUAAAAUUUUACCAAUUUUAUAUAACGCAUAUAAGCCAAUCGACGAAUUUAAGCCGUCCGCUUUUAAAUUAUUAAAGUAAUCUUUGCGCCGCCUAAUAUUACUUCAUUUAUUCACUACUCGACGCCAGUUAAUCGACGUAUAAUAUACUUGUAAAUUUCUAAAAUUUUGUAAAAUAUUAAAACUUAUAAAAUAUAGAAACGUCUAAAAUUUCAGGACACGAGAUUUCAAUAAAGAUAAAGUUUACGCACACCGUAACACUAGUUCAAUUAUAAAUUUUUCUAGACACGAAAGGUUCACACCGAAUAAAUUUUUUAAUAAACCUAUUAACGUUCCGAGAGAAUGUUAGCGAAAAUUGUUCGCCUCGUAUUUACUUCGCUACACAGAAAAUUCAGAAUCUCAAUGCCCGUGCUUAUUACUCGUAUAUUUAUAUUAUUAUAUUGCACUUCCGAAACACGAUCGUUAAUUUGCUUGUCGAAAAGUAGAGUAGGUACUUGAAUGUUGUUGCUUACAAUUCAAUAUUCCUUCGAUAUAAUAAUCCACUUUGGUGUUCAGUUCCUAAGCAAGCGUUUCCCGGAUCCAAGUUUCACGGAGUUUUCUCUUCGCGAACGUUUCACUCCACAGUGACAAGUGGUAGGUGACAAUAAACAAUUCAGGAUCUACCUAUCUAUUUCUGUAAUUAUCCCACUCUUGAUAAUAUAUGAAUAUGUAUAACACGGGUAGAUAAACACGAGAAAAGUAUAUUUUUUUAUCAUAGCAUAUAUUUAUGCAAACAUGAUAUUCAAAUAUGAUUACAUAUCCCCGUUACAUAUCAUCGUAUAUAACCACAUCAUAGUAUAUGAUGUAUAUAUGAUACGAUACGAGAAGAAGAAAUAUGUCCUUUGUCUAUAAACAAAAAAGAAGAAACAAAGGAAUAGACAAAACGUGACAUUGGAUAUUUGGCUUUUCUACGCAAUUUCGUCCUCAUACAUUCAACACAUUCAUACAACUAAAUUCGGCGAUAAAAUUAUUAACGUAACUUAAAAUUAAAACGCAAAUACGUAACAGAUAUUUAAAACAUAAAUCUCUCAAUCACACUGUCUAAUAAGUUUGUUUACGAUUUUCGAUGGGAUAUGCAAAUAGUUGUCAUAGUGCCACAUUUUCAGUGAUCGGUGGCCGAUAAUAUUAAUAUAAACAUGAAUAUUAAUCCUAGAUUAUAAAUUCUAACGAAACCGAAAUCGAUCUUGACGUCAUUGGGUCUAUGUGAUAAUAAAAAGUAAUUUAACGAGAAGCUGAGUAAUAUUACCAUAAUCAGUAAAGUAUAAGUGUUUUAUAGUUUUGUUUUGUUCAGGUGUCUAAUGUUUAAUGUAUUGCACAGAUACUUUUUGGAUUCAAAUUCCACUGAGACCAUGUCCCAAAUAAAAUUUAUGCAAAAUAGAUGUUGAUCGUGAUCUUUAAAGAUCUUUAAAUCCUUUAGAUCCUUUUGAACGCAUUUUUUUAUUCAAAAGGUCUCAAAGGAGUCAUGGGUCGUAACCCAACUGUCACUUCUUUUUUUUUUUUUUUUUAAAUGAUGUUAAAAUUCUAAUUACUCUUAAAUUGUAUUUACUUGCCAUGUGUUUACAUCUAUACUUAUAUUUAAUGAGAAAGUAGCGUGAUAUUUAUAAAACAGCAGGAAAUUGGCUCGUGAAAUGUAUCGAAAUACAGGACUAAUAGGAGACCCUACGUUCAGAAAGCAUUCCGUAACAAAUUCGCCACGUUCGAGCAUUUCAAAUGACUUCUUCGUUCCUUUUCGACGAGGAUUUUUACCGUUGGAUGCUACAUAAUCAACGAAAGAUUACUAAUGUUGACGGUCGAUGACCAAGAGAAGCUAAUGUUUCUCAGAAACGUGCUGCGGAAAUUUACUGUCCCUUUCAUUUCCCCGUAGACGUUUGAAAUUGAAAUUUUUAUAUCUUGCUGCUGGUGUUGAUACUCCAGAUUACUUUCUUUGCUCGUACGUCUCCUCUUUCGUUCCCCGCUAUAUCUUUGUUUGCGGACGCUCACGUCAAACUGAUGUCUCUCUUCUGUAAUUUCCCAGCAACAAUCGCCCUGCAAUUUUUCUAAUCUAUGGGCUGUUUCUUACUUUGUUGCCUGAGAGUUUUAGGCUUCUGUCGCUCCUGUCGGUGACAGGAGGCUUGCUGAGUUAUUAUGUUAUUGCUCUGUUAGUAUUAUGACUCGGGGAACUCUUUUUCCGAAUAUUCAAUUGCUUUGCUUAUCGCUAACGCCUCCACGGUGACGAUUGAUGCUUUAUUUCAAAACUUAUGAUAUUAUCUUCUCUCCGUUCAUCUUCUUGCUUUAUGCUAAAGUUAGCUCCAUUCGCAAUUCCUUAAUCCACCCUAGAUCUGUCCGUGUAAAUUUCUCUGCGUAACUGUUAUCUAUUAUGAUUUUCUUUCUCAAAUAUCCCUCUUCCGUAUUUAUCAAAAUUCUCCGAUUUUUUCUGAGUUAAUAUAUUAUGUAUAUGAAUUAUCCAAUAGAUUUUCCUUAUAUAUCAUUUGUAUGUAUAUUAUUUUCUCGUGUCUCUCUAUGUUUUUCUACGCUUGCGUCACUCUGAUCUAUGCUCUGUACUCUGAUUUUUUAUCAAAAUUAAUUGGUUAGCGAAGCUCUGGAUCACGUCUCCUAUCGUGCAACUCUUGUUCGAUCGUAGUUUUAGAACAUACUUUUGUGCUAGCAUGUUUAGUCUAUCCGACAAAUUCUUCAGCUCUUCCUGACAAACUCUUCCUGAGAUUCAGUAUCUCCUCGCUAUUCGUAGGUCUAUUUUUUGGGGUAUCUUCAAUUUCUUUUAAUUCUGUUGUUCCAUGAUACGUUGGAAGCGAAUACUCUUUUGCUUGCCUAAUAAGACAUUUAAUUCAGUUUAAUCACAGUGCUUGAAACAGCGCCCUUUGGAAUUCCAACGAUAUACAAGCGGUAAACAAUUAAUUUCUCUUUCUUAGGCAACUUACAAUUAAUUUAAUUAAUGCACGAUUUUGUUAUUCUUAUACUUAUCUAUCUCGGAUAGAAAAGUAGAUAUGAACUUUUUCAUAGAACCGUACAAGUAAAUAAGCUCUUGUAGCGUGGAAUUCGAUAAGUUCUUGCCUAUGCUAGUGUCCAAUCAAACCAGAUAGAUUCCUAACUUUAAAUUGAAAUACGUAGGUUCUUGUAUAUGCUAGCAUGCCACUGAACAGGGUAAAUCUUUAAUUUUAUAGGUUCUUGUAUAUGCUAGUAUGUGCCAUCUUCAGUAUUUGAUCGCAUGGUGCAGCACUAUCCAGGGAAAAACAAUAUCACGAACGUGAGAACUUUCAACGCAAUCGGCAGGUCAAAGUAUCAUUUUUGUAAAAUUCGUUUAAAGUUUUAUUCCUAAAAUUAUGUUGCGUUCUCCAAUAAGUCAAACCAUACAGCAAGUUAAUCGCAAUUUUUCAAAAAUAAAAUGUAAACGACUAGAAGGGAAAGUAGCUAUUGUUACAGCAUCAACAGAAGGUAUUGGUUUUGCAAUAGUAAAACGUUUAGCUGAAGAAGGUGCUAAAGUAAUGAUUAGCAGCCGCAAAGAAUCAAAUGUAAAAAAGGCUGUAGAACAACUUAAAUCUGAAGGUUUAAAUGUUUGUGGUACCGUAUGUCAUGUGGGAAAAAGUGAAGAUAGAAAAAAUCUUCUUAAGAACACUGAACAAGAAUUUGGUGGCUUAGAUAUUCUUGUAUCAAAUGCUGCCACAAAUCCAGCACAAUCUACAUUUUUUGAAACUUCAGAGGAAGUAUGGGAUAAAAUUUUUGAUACUAAUGUUAAGAGUACAUUUCUUUUAUUACAAGAAGCCUUACCGCUUUUAAGAAAGAGUAAAUCUGCAUCGAUAAUUCUUAUAUCUUCAAUAGCAGCAUAUACACCAUUUACUUUACUAGGUGCAUAUGGUGUUAGUAAAACUGCAUUGUUAGGAAUAAAUCAAGUAGCUGCUGCUACUCUUGCACCUGAAGGAAUUCGUGUCAAUUGCAUAGCACCUGGUAUUAUAAAGACUAAAUUUUCACGAGUGCUUUAUGAAGGUGAGGCAGGAGAAGCUGUAUUAUCGACAAUACCAAUGCAAAGAUUUGGUGAAUCAGAUGAUAUAGCAAAUGUUGCUGCAUUUUUGGCAAGUGAUGAUGCUUCAUACAUUACUGGUGAAACUAUUACUGCUGCUGGUGGGAUGCGAAGUAGACUUUAAAUAUUGUUAAUGAAAUUAUUAUAAAUUAUUAAAAUUGUAAUCUAUUUUAUUAAAUAUUCCAUAUAGAGUUUUAUAGUUUUGUACAAGAUAUAUAUUUGUAUAUAUAUAAGAAGAUAUUGUUAUGAUAUGGUUUAACAAUAGGUUACAUUUACAUAUUACUAAUGUGCAAUGGAAAACAUGAUUUUAUAUUUUAUAAGUAUGCGAUUUGCAUUAAUACAUGCAACGUUUAUACAAUAAAAAGCAAAAUUAUUCAUUCCCAA